UCUUUCAAAUUGUCGUUAUUUAUAUUUACAAUUUUACCGUUAGUUUUUCUCUUAAAAUUUAGUGACUAUUAUAUUAGUUCGUUUCUUAUUCUAAAGAUAAUUAAUUGUAUGAGUGAGAUGUCACAUUGAAUGAACUUCGAGGUGGAUCGCUACUCAUCUGCUUGGGCACAUAUCGCCCUUUGUGCGGAUCUCACAUGGGCCACGGAGCCCCCUGAUGACUUUAUCAUAGCAAACCAGCGCCUUUGGGCACAACAUUGUCGUGUUUCGCAAGUUCUUCAAGAAACAGCGGUAGAGUCUUCACACGUUUUACCACAUAAUCAAUGCGAACUUACAGACUCACAUACUACUCCAAGUCCUGAAAAGGGAAACUGUUCCCGAAGAAGCGUCAAAGAUGUAAUACCAGAGUCAAGGUUGGCCCAACAUUAUGGGAACUUCUAUUAUGACGAAGUCAGAGAAAAUUGUUACAAGUUCACAAAUGACAAAAUAUCUGGACGCGGCUAUAGCGGUCAAGGAUGUGAAAAUUCGGAUUUAACAGAAUGCUGGAUGUUACCAGAGGUGGAUUAUUGGUUCCGGAAACUAAUGGACGAUCCUGCUGAUCGUAUUAUGCUGCCCCGACGCCGAAGACAGUACAGGAUGCCCAUUGAGGACGAUUUCGAGCGCUGGGGCUCCAGUGGGGCGGCAGCAGCCGCGGGUGAAGAGGCAACAUUAGAGGCUCGUAUUCGUAGUGUGCGCGCCCUCUGGGAUACGGCGGGACUCGGUCGGCAGCCGCCCCGCGCCCCCAGCCCGCCACCGCCAUCGCGCAAGAUGCGCGCGCGACGCAGGCAGCCGCGUCGCCUGGCCGGCUUCUCCGCGCCCCCUUCAUACUGCCUUGACGCACCGGCUCAGCUCUGCUGUGAUCCUGCUUGCAAAUUUCAGUUUGACACGCCAAGACCUCCUCACAUGACAGAAUGUCAACGGGCUUUGGGAAGACUAUCAGCCAGUGUUCAAGCUAUCAUGCGAGCAAAUGCAGCUCGGUGCCCGAUGUAUCGAGGUACAAAUGUAAGCCGGUACGUUCCAACUGGACAAAGACCAUUACGUUGUCCUGACCGACGGUACGGAAUCUGGUGGCCCAGGGAUCAUCCCUCGAGAGAAGACAAUCGCUUACAACUACCUCAAAGUCUUAACGUUCCAGAUACAACCAAUAUCAAUUCCAAAACAGUUAAAGUUAAUUCUGAUAACGCGGAAAAAGAAGAAACUAAAGAUGUAAAUGAAAAAACAUCCCCAAGACAACAAGUUAAAGAAUCGCUAUCGACUACAGACAAUGCUGUAGAAAAAUUGGAAAAUGUUAAACCUAAAGAAAAAAUUGUUAACGAUGGUCAAGCUCCGUCUACAAGUGCGGCCGCUUUAGACAGUGGGUUGAGGAAAAAACGACUAUACAGCACUGUGUUGAGCAUGAGUGCACCGUCACCCAUCACUAUAACUCCGACAGGUUGCGUCAGAUUAUCACAAAAACUGGUUACGCCGGGUCUUAUCAAACUGAAUCCUAAAGUUGUUCUACCAACGAGGAUACGACCACCUAACGUCGAAGUAAAAUUUGAGGAACUUGAAAAGGAAGCGUUGGAACAGUACAAAGCGUCUGAUGAGAGCAUAGACACGAAAUUUCGAGAAUUGGAAAAGCAAGCGGUCGAACAAUACAGCACGAGCAAUAGUAAUACAAGUUGUAGUAGUGGUAAUUCAACAGAAAAACGCACCCCUAGCAAUCCCACAAUACCAGAGACAACUCAGAAAUCUAGAAAGCAGAUGUCAAAAUUUCAUAAAGACGCUUCCGUUGAUAGUGUUGUCAUAUACUCACAAAAUUUUCCCGAUCUUAACACCAAAAGUCAUACCAACACUUCUAUCAAUUUAAAAAACUUCCACAACCCCCCGAGGGGGGAAAAAAAGGAAAGCUACAGAUCCAAUAAGAAUUCGCGGAGUUUUAAAGGAGAUUGGCAGCGGGCCGCGUCCGAUACAGAUUACGAAGCUAAGCCUAACCAUAAGGGGAGCCACAAGGGUCCACUAAGAUGGACCUUACACGUAAUGCCACCGAAGAAAAGACAUUUAACUGUCUGCGCGUCAGAUUUUUCUUCCGAUGAGGACAUGGAAGAAGCAAGUGGUUCUAUCAAAGAUGCUGGCCCGUGUAUUAAGAACCGUGUUACCGGUAAAGUGAAAAUGUCCGCCCAUGGUGGAGGAGAUUUGAAUCCUAUUAUGAGGAAAGCCUAGUUUAAACAAAACACACCUUGAAUGUUUGAUGACAAUAUGAAAUCAUAGUCUACUAUUUAUAAUAGAAUUAUGUGAGGAAACUGUGCUUUAGAUUUCGUAAGCGUCUUCCGCCUUUGUAAUUUUUUAUAUGAUUUUGUUGCGUCGAGUUUUGUGAGAUCCAAACGAAAGCAAAUGUGUAUCGAACUAUGUCGAGGCCAGCCCAAGGCUGUAAUUAA